AUGGCGGAUCAAGCCACUGUGGAUCAUGAGGUGAAACUCCUCUUGGAAGAGAUGGAGAGGCUGGGGAGCAGAGGAGCAGACGGGAAGCUCGUGUGCAAGUUCGGGGCUCUGAUCCAUGACGAUCGCUGCUCCAACAUCUUCGAGGCUCUCGUGGGAACGCUCAAGGCCGCCAAGAAGAAGAAGCUGAUAGACUUUGAGGGCCAGAUGCUGCUGUCCCCUGUACAUGACAAUGUAGAUAUCGUCGUCCUGUAA